UUUGUAAUGCCAGUUCACUGCAAAUUGUUCAACAGAAAUGUGUCUUUUGUUUCUACAAUUGUUACUAAUUUCAUACUGCUCUGCUACAAUUAACAUAAAUGAGCCAUUGGCUGUCACCAUAACACCGAAAAUCUGGAACCUUCUAGAAACCAAAGCGCAUAUAAUAAAUGCUGCAGUCUCUUCUAUCACAUUCCCAGAGCUUGAAGGAAAGGAACAUUUAGUUAAAUACAGAGUUUGGGACGGCAGAGUUGAGCAAUUCAGUGUCCCAGCAAAUGGAGUCUCAUUUCAAGAUGUUAAUAACGGGGUCUACUUGUCGGUAAAAGGAGUACAAUUUCAAGCAAGAAUACAUGGAAGAGUGGAGAUAGGAAAGAAAGUGUUUGGAAAAUGGGUACGCAUUGCUCGCAUGAGUGGUGACAUAACGGCAAAGUCUGAACAUGCGAACCUCGACGUAAACCUAGCGUGGGACGAUUUCAAAUUCAUUCCAACCGUCACAAUGGACUCAAAUGUUAGAGUAGACUUCACACACCAUCUUCGGCGAUUGAACUUUCUACGAAGCAAAGUGGAGAAAGCUGUCAAUUCGAAAGUCGAUAGCGAAGUGCCCAAUAAGUUGAUUCAUGCGAUAGAAGACAAGGCCAAUCCUCGUUUGCAAAAACUGAAACAGAAACUUAUCGAUAUGGGCAUCAACAAUCACGAACUGGAUUGGAGAAUAAUGAACGGCACUCUACGUAUAACACUGAAACCAAAGGGCACUGGUGAAAUCACAUCGAUUUCACCAAUCGACAAAAUGAUCUGCAUCGAUGCAAGUAUUCUAGAUGCCCUUGAAAUUCUCAAUCGCAGUAAAAGAGGACUGAGGUCGAAACUCAAAGGUCUUACAGACAAAAUUCUUGGAAGACACCACCAAUCAGAAUCGGAUUCGGAUCCAAAUCCGCCAGCACCGCCUGCUCCUCCUUCUCCGCCAAUAAAGAAUUUGGAUUUUACAUGCGUCGAGCCCACGUUCACCUGCGGCUUUUUGUCAUGUACCUACUGCACAGAUGUCGAUGUGAAUCCGUCCUCCUCUACCUCUACAAAUGAUACUUUCCAAAAUUGCUAUCCGCAGUUCUAAUGCUUUAUUAAAUAAACUAAAUAAUGUGAUCCUUA